CCUACUACCCUACCUCCCCCUUACCCCAUUACAUAUGAGAAUAGGGUUUUGUUGUUGUUGUUGUUGUAAUCCGUGCAUACGAAUGUAUUUCCCUUUGAUUAUGUAUAUGUUUCUUUGUGAUAAUAUCAGUUUAGCUUAGUGGCACAAAAUAUGCUACUGCUACUUUUGCAACUUGGUUUCUCAACCUUUAAAAUUGGAUAACUGUCAUGAUUUAUGAGGUUAUUUCUUUAAUUGAACAUAUUACAACCUUCAACAUUUCUAUUGUUGUGCAUGGGACAGUUGCUGAGAGUAACACUUUGUUGCCUGGUGAAACUAAUCCUUAUGCAGUCCCAAAGAGAAUGGGGAUUUUCUGUUUUCUCGAAAGCCCUAAAAGUUUAACCACAAGUUGUGUAGGCCAAAUGAUAGAAAGGGAUGACUUUAGGAAAUCUUAUAAGGAAGUGAAUCCAGAUGCAAAGGGUGUUACAGGGGUUGCAAAGGAAGGUGGUGAGAAAUAGAAAUCCAUGUCUGAUGAGGUGAGUUGUUAUUCAAUUAUUAAAUCCAUGAAAUUUAGAUCUGUGCAUGUACUAUUCCAUCAGCAGCUCUUUGCCUGGUUUUCCAGUUAACAAACAGGAAGAACAAUUGUUUUGUACCUUUUCUAGGGGAUAUUUAGAUAGCAAGACAUAAUCAAUAAAACAUACCACGAGUCAAUUUGAGAAUUACAUCUCUUUCACGUACAAAUGACAAUAUAACCCAAACCAAUUGUUUUACGCUAUCCUCCCCGGACCCUAUAGGGCCUUUUUCUUCCCGGAAAAGACAUGUGAUAUUCUGGGGCAGAAAGAAUUGGAUUCUGGAGAGUUUUUUUUUGGGGGUCGGAUGUCGGGUUUAUGUGAUCAAGUUUUUGUUUUUUU